CUGGAGCCGAGCUCUCCUCUAAGCGGCGGCGCGGAGACGUCCGACGGGAAGCCUCUCACGGACAAAUGGCGUCGCUCCAGCGCGAGGCGGCUGCUUUCCCACGGAGCACGACGGCGGGGCCUGCGGAGAGGUGAACACACCGCCCCCGGUCUCCCUUCCGACGGGGCCGCGUGCGUUGCGUGGGCUUUUGCGUGACGGGGCUGGCGGCUGGACGUUGCGCGCUCCCCGGUAAUCUGGCGUCGCCCGCUGUUCCGCUACAAACAAGCCCACUGUGAAGCCAAAACACGCAGGAGCGGGUCAGCUGCGGCUCGCGCCCCCCCUCCCCUCCCCUCCCCUCCCCUCCCUCCCCGCGGCUUGUUUGUUCAUCCGCGGCGUUUUCCGCGUUCUCGCCGAGGGUUCGUCGGCGUCUGCGCGUCACCGGGGCCUGAUCGCGGCCGCUCGAGGCGACGGUAGCGGUUCGGUUCGACGCCGGAGGGACACGCAAUGGGCACGGGCAUCGGCAUCGCCCCGUCAGACACGUCCUCCCCCGCCCUCGUCUCCGCCUCCGCCUCCACCUGAGCGGCUGCCCGCGUCGACUCUAAUCCAAUUCGGGAGAUCAUCUGUUCAACCUUUUCCCGAGGCGACACCAUCACGACGGCGUUGUCUCAGAAAGCGAGCUCUGUGGCGGUGAAGAUGACCAUGGCCCGGUACCGGCCCACGUGGGAGCUGGCUGUGGACCCGCUGGUCUCCUGCAAACUGUGCCUUGGAGAGUUCCCCCUGGAGCAGAUGACCACCAUCACACAGUGCCAAUGUGUCUUCUGUACACUGUGCCUGAAGCAGUAUGUGGAACUCCUGAUUAAAGAAGGCCUUGAAACUGCGAUUAGCUGCCCCGACUCCGCCUGUCCCAAGAGGGGGCACCUGCAGGAGAACGAGAUCGAGUGCAUGGUGGCCACGGAGAUGAUGCAGAGAUACAAGAAGCUGCAGUUCGAGCGGGAGGUGCUGCUGGACCCGUGCCGGACCUGGUGCCCGUCCUCCGCCUGCCAGGCCGUGUGCCAGCUGAAGGACGCCGACUCGCCGGCUCUGCCCCAGUUGGUCCAGUGCGCCGCCUGCGCCCUGGAGUUCUGCUCCGCCUGCAAGGCCAACUGGCACCCGGGGCAGGCGUGCCAGGAGAGCAACCUGCCCGUCGCCUCCUUCCUCCCCGGGGAAAACAGCUCCUUCUACAAGAACGAGGAGGACGACGCGCCCAUCAAGCGCUGCCCCAAAUGCAAGGUCUACAUCGAGCGGGACGAGGGCUGCGCGCAGAUGAUGUGCAAGAACUGCAAGCACGCCUUCUGCUGGUACUGCCUGGAGUCCCUGGACGACGACUUUCUCCUGAUCCACUACGACAAAGGACCCUGUCGGAACAAACUGGGCCACUCCAGGGCGUCCGUUAUCUGGCACAGAACACAGGUGGUCGGGAUCUUUGCCGGCUUCGGCCUGCUCCUGCUGGUCGCCUCCCCCUUCCUCCUCCUGGCCACUCCCAUCGUCCUUUGCUGCAAAUGUAAGUGCAGCAAAGGCGACGACGACCCACUGCCGACCUAAGAACGGAGUGACGCUCCGAGGACGGCCGAUCUUUCUCCAUCGCCCCCACGUUUAUUUCGCUCCCACCUGCUUCGAGUGCUUCGUUUUCUCUUUUCUUUUUAUUUUAAUUUUUUUAUUUUUGGCCGAGUCCGCACCAGCUCGCUGCUGCUUCGGGAGUCGUCCCUCUGCAUGAGAGAGGCGCGGUGGAAGACGGGCGCUCGGCCUGGAGAGAGGGUCAAGGGUCAGAGGAGGUCAGACGACGCACAGAACUCCGUCCGUGUGUGUCGGACGAUGGCGGUUUGAGGAAGUGGAUGAAGCCUGGGACUCUUUAUGUGCUAAAGUGCUGCAAGCGAAGGAAAAAUCUCUAUUCUGCUUUUUGCUCGUGUGGACAACAUCACGCAGGAGCCGCCUUAGGAGGAACCUGUACUUUCUCAGCCUGUUUUGUGGGUUUGUGGUAUGCAGCAAACGCCCCCCCCCCCUCCCUCCACCACCACCUGAUGUAGCUCUAUGGAUUCGGUCAGUAGCAUUAGAGUUGCACCACGCAUGUUUGGUGUCCACUCGUUUUGCACACAGAACUCGAGGGCUCCGUCGCGUUCGCGGCGGAGGCGGAGGCGAGCGGCCGCCGGUCGCUCGCAGCUCAAAUGUACAGCACGUCCUCUUGAUGAUGUCAAUGUUUUAUAACGUGUUGCUUUUAAUAGAACUGUGCUCAGACUAGUCUGUGUUGUACUUUCGAGUGUUUCGAGCCGUGUGAACAUUAAAGGGGACUGCCACUCAAAUCUAAACCUAAACCCUGAUUACAACUUAAUUUCCAGUUUAUCAAAUGCUUUUUUUAUUGUUUCUGUUUUUGACUAUAGAUCCGUGUGACCCUAUUUUCCGGCUGAGUGGGGCUCCCCUUCAAGUUCAGCAUUAUUCAAGCAGUUCGUUUCCACGUGUUGCGGAACAAUUUUAAUAUGUCAGUACAAGCGAUGUCAGUCCUGUAAUUCUCAGUACCCAGAUGGUGGUUUAGCCAAAUAGACAUAGCCUUAAAUUGACAAUAGCCAAAACCAGGCGUUCCAUCCCCCUGCAUUAAAAAGGUCAGAGUCUAAAUAAUCCCAGGGAGAGCAUGUUUAAAGGCAUUUGAAUGCUUUACAUCCAGUCUGUGAAGCCCUUUAUGAUUCUAUGAUGUCGUCCAUAGCCACACUGUUAAUAGCCAUACUGUAAAAACCACAUCUAGCAUGUCUAACCUUACAUUCUGUGUGAACCAGGGCCCGAUUCUUCAGCCUCUCGGAGCGGGAGCGCCGGCGCGUGCGUCCAACGGCCGCUCGGCUCGCGUCAAAACCUCCCGCUCCUUGAGACCCAGAGAACGACCGCCGGCCCGAAUUGCAAACUUGCAUAUGUUAGUGGUGCGAGUGUCGUCUUGUUGGUAGCUAGAACACCGACAGCAAGCAGCCGUCCCUCGCGGGGACACGAGAAGAGCCCGUACAGGAGCCCCGGGGUUCCGUCGUUACAGCGCUGCUCUGAACUAUAUCACUUUAUCUAUGCAAGUUUGUACAUUAGUAUUGCUAGAGGCUGUGUCACGUGCGGCAGAAUGUCACCACUUUUGCAUAUCACGGCUUUCAUUUGAUCAGAAACCGUCCGUUACACGUUUUUUUUUUUUUUGCAUAAGGGUCAGUGUUUUAGCUAACGAGGCCAUUGUUGGUUCACAGAAGAACAAUUUCAACCAUCAGUAAAAGGGGAAAGGUUCUGCCUGUGGGAGAGAUUUCCCUUUUUCAUGAAUUUAUAGCUUAUUUAACACCUUUACUGCAGUUUUGUGGCUGUUCCGACGUUUCCAAUAAGCCAUUGAGUACCGUUCUGGGCCGUUCACCACUGUUCUUGUAGCAUCUCAUGUGAAAAGCUCGGGCUACAAAGAAAGGUGAUCAACCAUGAACAGCAGUAGCCGACCUAAGAUCAACAGUAGCUAAUUAUCUCUACACACUCUCCAUAUUGAUCUAAGAAUCUUUUGCUGGCGACAGCAUUACAUUUAAACCUUUUUGUACCCGUGUUGCUCCCUCUCACCUCGUCUACUUCACAAGCCUGAUGAUUUGAUGUGACCUACAAAGACCCGGUUUGACGUUGCCCGACCAAUGUUCUGCUUUUGUUCGGUUCCUUAAGACUCUUAAAGCUUUUGUUGUUUUUAUGACAAUCGUGCCAAGCGGGUUUCCUGGAAGGGACCGGGAGAGGAAGCCGUCUGCUGUAUGUGCAUUUUAAUGUAAUAUUUGUAAUGGAUUAACAGUUUAUACAGGGUGGAGGAUAUUUUUAUGCUUCUGUAUGUAAGCGCUGCUCUGUGCACGGGGUUCAUCGUUUUACCUGUAGAUAUGAUCUGUGACGUGCGUAAUGCGGUGCCUGCGGUUCGAUAGAGGUCAGCAGCAAAAAUAGAAAUCCGUACAUAUGAAUCGUUGUAACUGUCUCUUCUUAUGGGCUUUCACAAAUAAAUCCUUCAGGGCUCGAAUGUCUCCAGGACACAACACAAAAGAUCAACCAAAACUUGAACAUGCACAAAUUAGCAAAAUCAUGACCACUUCCAUGUUUUGCUUUGUUUGCAGUCACCACUCAACAGGUAGAUUUGAAUUAUGCAACUAACGUAAAAAAACAAAAAAGGGCCGAACAGCAAACAUCUCACUCGUUGCAUAGUUCCAUCUUCUGUUUUCUAGCUUUAUGUGAGUUAUGAGACAGCAGCACAGUCUGAGCGAAGGGCUGGCGUUUCACAUUCAGCCCCUUUAAAACGUCCGUUCUCCCUAAGCUCAACUUUUGCUUUGCCACAAAUCUCUGGUGUGGUUCAUACUUUAUAAGCUGAAGCUGCAUGAUCUCUGUGUGACACCUACAUGUUUAUUACAAUUAUAAGUGUAUUGUAGCCUCUACAGAUCUUUAGAGCGGUAGCUUGUUCAAACUCACCAAACUGCUCUGAUUUAUUAUUCUCAUUAAGUUCCUCAUCAGUCUGAGUGUGAUUGGACGUCCCACCUCACUAGAACCAAUUAUUUUAACUCAAGAACCGUUGUUAGAGGAGAUUGUGUCUUAGACAAAAGCAAAACAAUUUGUAAAUCAGUAUUCGUAGACUUGGGCCAUAAACAACUGAACAUUGUAUAAUGGAUCAUUCCUGUGUGACGUCUGGCAUUUCAGUAUCAGUUCCACUAACACUGUGACACCCGGUAUUAAAAGUUGUUGUUUUUUGUGA